CGGAAAAUUAAUAGUUGGCAUCGACCUGUAUCCAGGAAAGUUGUUCUACUGACUAACAUAAGACGGACGCUCAUGAAAACUUCUCAUUGGUAGCGGAGACUUUUUUUACAAACCGUUUUUUGGUUAGUUGGUCAGCUCGCUGCACAAAAGACAAUCGAUUGUUGCAAUGGGUCUUUUAAAAGUUUUGAAGUCGAUACUAGAAUAUGGCUCGUUGACUUCGAGUUCGCAAAAUCCCAUCAUCAAACCAGAGCGAACUGAUGGAUAUGUAACAGUAAUCAUUGUUUUCAUUAUUGGAGUUAUUUUGAUUUUGAUUAUAUGUAUAUACCUGCUUACUUCCCGCACCGAGAAGCAAAACGGAGCAUCUGCCGCACGGCAGUUUCCAGUUUUUAUCAGUGGUGGCGACAAGAGAUCAAUCAAAUGUCGAAGGAAAUCAUCGAACAAAUUGCGCUUGACCAAAUCACACAAGCUGCUGGAAGUCAACAGAAAAUGGUCAGCAGUGUACAGCGCGGAAAACACCGGGGGUGAAGAGACUGAUGUCACUUGGACGAUUCCUUUUGGGCAAAUAUCAGUCCCAAGAGCUAGAAAGGUCACCUUUAGAGACAGCAUACAGGAUGUGUAUUAUAUUGAGAGCAAGGAAGAAGUGAAGAGACUUGAAAAACUAAACAAUAUGGGUUAUGACGUCACUAUUAAAAGGCUAACAUGUUCCGCGCGCCAUCCGGCGAGUAAAAUAACUCUUAAAACUGGGGUCUGUGAGGAAAAGCAAACCGUUUCGUACCCAAUUACGUGUUCAACUACAGCCGAUAAUUAUAUCUGUAAAGGAAAGCUUGAUAGUUGUAUAAGUUUAGAUGAAAAUUGUCAGAAAGGUGCAGAAUUCCAAGCCAAAGAUACCAAAGCACUCCCCAACAACAUGAACGUUAUCAGCAACCAGAUUUCAAGCGAUGAAGAGAAAUUUCAAUUUAUACCCUUGUUAACCGAGCGCUCUGUCUAGGUAACAAAUUGAGAAAUCUUAACUAUUUCUAAGAACUCUGUGAAAUUCCAUUCAAAGAAAGAGGACUCUCGCUCCAACUUGUACAGUCACUUGACGUACAAGGGGAAUAUCAUUAAUGUGUGACAGCUUUUCCACGAAACAUUUAAAUUCAUUCAUUUGAUUUCAAAGAAGGGAUUUUCGUGAACAGUAUUUCAGGAUUCUGAAACAAUCGCUAGUCUCACCUUCAAUGAGUGGCGUAAUAGAAGCCAUGGAAAUGAAGAGCAUUCUGUGUGCAUAAACAGCUAUGUAGUACUUUUUUUGAGGUAAUUUAUCACGAGUCUUCAUCAAAAGUCUCUUCUCCAAGGGCAUUUUCUGAUACUACCGCUUAAUAACAUUGUCUCUGCAACCCAGCAAACGAUUGAAAAGUCUCUUCUUUGCGCCAUGAUGGGAACAAAUGAACAAACAUGAUGAUCUUCUUCUUUGAAGCUCAAACUUCUUCAGCUAUCAAGGGAACUCGGCGCCUCAGCUGUCUUCCAGGAAAUGGUUGCAGUAAUGAUUCGAAAUCAAUUCCUCUGCAAUAAUCUGAUUCUUAAGAAAAAAAAUUACAGAAACAGACUGGUUCUUUAACCGUUGAACUUCUGAGAGCGACUGAGAUCUAAUUUCCCUUUACAUUUUAUCAUUGCUGGACGA